AUGUUGGUGGAGAGAGGGAAAGAGCAAGGCGAGAAGGAGAUGUCCGGUGGUGCGAAUAUGUGUAUGGGGCAAUCCAGGCAACAGAGGAAGGCGCGGGACAGCCGGCAACCGCUACAACAAAAGAAUAAAGGAAGGAACAAAGUUUGGUAUGAAAAGAAGGAUCUUGAAAGAGAUGGAUAUCGAAACGUCGGGAAGGGGCGAACGGGCGCAAUCAGUGCGAACUCGUCAUUCACAAGAGGAAGCGCGAUGCAAGUCGGCUAG